UUCUCACCUACCAGCUCCUUCUCUCCCUCCGCGUCACCUCCCCCGUCACCCACCCCCAUUCCCUGCCCGAUUGUAUUUCAGAGCCAGCAGUUCCUCCCAAUUCCGGCCAUCGCCCGAUCCACCCCGCCGUCCAGACUCGGAUCGGGGCGCCAGCUCCCCGGCCUCGCCGCCACCGCCGCGCCGCGGCCACCGACUGAUGCAAAAUGGUAUCUGUACAUGGAAUUGCCAAUGGUACUAGUGAUGGCGCUGCCAACAGGAAGAUCAAUCGCCUGUUUACCCCAUCAGAGAGGAAGAACCCAACCAAUUUCAUGUUUGAGCGUCAUGUAGCUCGUCUUGAAUCAAGGCAGCAGCAGCAGCAGCUGAUGCAACAGAGGCGGUGCAUCAUUACGACGUUCAUGCCCGAUUGUCUCUACCACUUCUCUGAAAAUGCAUCUCCACUUAUUAUCUUGCAUUUAAGUGUCCCAGAAGAAUAUAGAAGUUAUUCAGCUAAUCAAUCAAGGCUGCUGGUAGAGAGAUCCACAGCAUCCAAUAGUAUGUCUGAUUCAGGUUUCUCAGAAAAUACCUCUACCAAGACAAAGACAGAUGCAAGGCAUACUACAAGAAGGAAGAGCAAAAAGAAAAACAAGAAGCGCAGGCAACAUUUCAGAAAGCCAACAGAUGGAUCUGAAAUUACGUUCGCAGAGAGCAACAGCUCUACCCAAUCAGUUGAUAUGAUUGAUUCUUGUGAAGGUUCGACACUUUCACCUAAGCAUGUUGGUGAUAUACUAUUUGAAGAAACCUUUUCUCCCAGUUCUUCUGUGAAAGAAGCCUCUGAAAAGGCCCCUGACAGUGAAAAUGAUAAUGAGUACAAUGGCUUUUCAGUUGCUUCAGUUUCAAGCGCGUCGUACUGUGAUGAGACAGAACUGUCUAGACCAACUACAUCAUGCUUGGAAUUGUUUGGACAAUGUAACAGGUACUUGGAUAACAUUCCAAAUUUGGAACUGAUGGAUUCAUCUCAAGAGCCUCGUCAUGCCAGCAGAAGUGGACACUGUAGUGGUAGCACCAAGACACUGUUAAGUUCUAGAAAUGAACGUGGGCACAAUCAAUGUGAAACGGCAGAAUUUUGCAGCUCUAGUGACGGAGUUGAUGAUAGUUGGCUAGAGAAUUCCAACUGCAGUAGUGACUUUUCUUCUGAAAAUGGUGUUGGUGUGUGCAAUGGAACCCAGGCAGCCCAUUUGUGCAGCGAUGGUAGCAGAGGCAGUGAUUUCUGUCUAGUAAUUUCGAGAAAGAGAGCUAGAAAAGAGAAGAAAAUGUCAAUGUGGAAGAGCUUUAAUGGGGAGCAUGCACCUGCUGUAGUGCAUCGUCCAAAUGAAAAGUAUAGCGGUAGCUCUUCUAGGCAGAUGCUUAAGGAACUAAACACUAAGGAGUACUCACAUAGACAGCAUCAUGUUGAUAGCAUUCAGCCUCAGCAUGGAGCUGUGUUGAAACGCUCCAUCAAGAAUUUCAUCCAUAAGAGGAGUAAUGGAAUUCCAUUUAAGCACUCUGAAACAGGAACAAGCCACAAUCAUUUUACAAGUCCAAAGGAAAACAUCAAUAGCAAAUCAAAUGCUGGAUCAGGAACAAGUCACAAUCAUUUUACAAGUGCAAAGCAAAACAGCAAUUGCAAAUCACAUGUUGAUUUUGACAAAGAGCAGAACAUUGAUUUAAGCAGAAGGCUAUCCAACGGUGUGCACUGCAGAGAAUCAACUUGUGAGAUGAAAUCAAAUUCAGCUUCUGAACCUACAACUCUUGAGUCUGCAAAGGGAAAUUGUACUUCAGAAUCUAGUCAAUUAACAGAUCAUGUUGUAGGAGAUUUUCCCAUGCUGAAAAGUGGAUUACAAGAUUCACUCCGAGGCAAUUAUGCUAUUGGGACAGGUUCUGGACUACAAUCACCUGAUUCCAAGUCCAUUGAAACUGACUCAUUGGUCCGAUGUGAUGUAAUUCCUUCUGUUGAAGGGAAUCACAGUCUUGAAAAGUUUAGCAGUUCUGAAAUGCAUCUAAUUCAGAUGACCAAGGUUGUUAAUGAUGCCUGUGAGGUGCAAGUUGCUGCAGAUGCCCACGUGUCUGCUGGUUAUCCAACUACCGAUCUUGAGAUAUUUCUGCAUUCUGCAACUCCAGUCAUUGGGCAUGUUCCGCGUGUGAAAAUGAGCAACUCUUCACAGGAUCAGUCAGUUAGGCACUCAAUUUGUCAACAAUACAUUUCGAAUAUGUACUUGAGGAAUAUAUGGGAGUGGUAUGAAGAGCCAGGGUGCUAUGGGUUGGAAGUAAGAGAUCUCAGUGAUCGCAGUUCUAUAGCACCACACCGCACCAAUUCAGAGUUCUGUGCAUAUUUUGUUCCUUAUCUAUCUGCCAUCCAGCUGUUUGGGUGGUCUGCAAAGAAUAUGGAUAAUGGUUUUGGUGUCGAAGAGCGAAAUAUGUUGGGGGCAUCAAGUACCACAAGCCUUAUGAGUUCUCAACCUGUGCCUGCGAAGUUGCAUAAACCAUUUGAGCAAAGUAACACAUUCUUUUCAGAAACAUCUUUCUCCGCACAUGAUCAUGGAGAACUCAUUUUUGAAUACUUCGAAACAGAGCAGCCUUCUCUUCGACCUCCAUUGUUUGAAAAAAUCAAGGACCUUAGCAGCCUAAAUCUCUCUGGUGAUUCUGAAAAGCUGCAAAAUGUGAAACUGUGUGAUCUGCAUCCAGCUUCUUGGUACUGUGUUGCCUGGUAUCCUGUUUAUCGUGUACCUCAUGGGAACUUCCGUGCGUCUUUCUUGACCUACCAUUCACUGGGUAAAUUGGUUCAACAAAUGCCCUCCCCAGAUAUGAGUGGUGGUCAGCACACCCGUAUAGUUUGCCCAGUUGUUGGUCUGCAGGGUUACAAUGACAAGGGAGAGCAGUGGUUUGAGCUGAGAUGUCCAGAUUCAUCAAAGCCCCAUUGCGCUGAAGUUGUGAAAGAGAGGCUGAGGACACUAAAGCAAGGUGCAUUGGCGAUGGCAAGGGCUGCCAUUCCUAGGGGAUCUGAGAAGUCGUCUGUGAACCACCAUCCAGACUUCGAGUUCUUCUUGUCUCGGUCUACCUAGGCGGCUACGCUACAUCCUGGAGCGGCUAUGUUCUGUUACCUGCUAACUCGUUGCAAGAAUUUCGUGAAAAUGUUUCAAAAAAAAUUUAGAGCAUGAUAGAUAUGACAUUCCACUAACCAGUGGCCGGCAAUAGUUUACCCUAGAAUGAAGAGGAGAGAAGGAGGGGGAUACCAUAAUAACCCACUAACACCUGAUGAUGCAAACCGGGUCGAGUUUUGGACCUUGAAUGUUGUACAAGUGUGCCAGGGGGUAGUGCUCAAGAUCAAGAGUUUGGCAACAUUUUGCUUUACAGCUCAUGCAGGUAAGCAGGCCAGGUUCUGCUUCUGCAGGUGUCUUUUUUGUACAGACAAGAAUGAGAGCAAGAUGAGAUUUGCUGCUCAAACUCUUUUUUUUCCAAUGCUGAUGAAUGCGGAAGCAAUCAUUUCCGUA